AUGGCCAAUCCGGCACGGAAUCCUAUCCUGCCGGAGCCCCGAAGACCGGAGCUCUGCGCUACCAAUUACAAAACAGCGAGUGAAUCCUACCACCCGACAGCAGGGCUCAGACUCUCAGAGAAGCAUCCGGGCCAAUCGAAAGUCUUUCUGAUCCGAGCCAGCCGGGCGGCACGUGUUGGUGCUCGUGCUGGCCGAUUGACUCGUGUGUUGCGCGUGUGUCGCUGUUUCCUUGAAUUUGACGACGAAUCAAAGCGCCCGAAGAAGACUCCGUUUGAGCCGCUGCGUGAGGAGGAGCAACCAAGUGCAAAAAAGAGCAUUGCGAAAGUCAUUUCGGUCAGAUUGAGUAAUUUGCUUGCAACCCGAGUUGCUGGUUUGACCAUUUUUUUGGUAAUGGUGAUGCCACUCUUCGAUGUGAUGUCUUUUCCACAGAAGGACUUGGCUUUGGACGCAUGGGUUGACCAGGUCUCUCGUGCAAAUGAAAGAGAUGAUGCGUCCACCAUUGCCGAGCUGCAGAAGAUGGCAAAGUUCUUUUCCCGGCACAGUCAUGGACCUUAUGCUGCUUGCAGUGGACGGUGGGUGGAGCCAGAUGAGUUUCAUUGCGAAAAGUACUAUCAGGACUGGGGGCAGGUAAAUGUGGAACCCGAACGAAGUGCUUCGGCAUUGCUCGUGCACACCAGAACCUUCUUAGUCAGCUUCGACAUGACAAGGCCUGUGAAAGUGAAGGCUAUAGUUUCGCUUCUGAGUAGCCUUUUUACGGUGGUGGUGAUGCUUUUUUUUGGGGUCGCCCUGUCGCAAAUGGUCACUGACCUGGCUGUGACACCACUGGAGCGAAUGCUCGGGACUGUGCGAGAGAUAGCAGCGACCGUAUUCAAGUUCAGCUCUCUGAUGGUUGGGCAAGAAGAGGAUGAAGGUCGUUUGGAAGAUACUACAGAGAUUGACAACGCUGGAGAAAUGAUUCUGUUGGAGAAGGCUGUCAAGCCAGUUUUAUUUGGCCGUUGUAUCCUGCUGAAAGUCAUGCAGAAGGAGGCCUUGGAAGCCAAGCUACAACAGAUUCUGAAACUCAAAGAGGAGGUCAAAGCAGAGAUCUCUGCAGACUCAGAAUCUGAAGGCAAUGUUUCGGCAGUUUCAGCGCCUCGUGCUACUGGUCUCUCUGACAAAUGUAUUGUGACUUUUGCGGAUGGACGUGAGAUAAAAGUGAUCAUCGGCACCUCUGAGCACAUCCAGGAGCCGCUGGUGGACCAGAUUUGUCGCAUCGUUGAUGAAGCCUACUCGAAAGUGGGUAAGCACAAGCGUGUCGACAGGUACGAUGCAGUGGAUCGUUUGGAAAUGGGUGAUGCUGGUCCACAGGCAAAUCGUGUUCUGCACCUUGCCUUCAAGGGAGAUGAGUUGGUUGGCUGCGCCAGCUCCACCUUCAGUCCUGGUUGGACACCGGAGGGAUGUGGCCACUGGGGACUUCUUGCAGUUGACCCGUCUCACCAGAAUUCUGGCGUUGCUACUGCUCUCGUCAUCGCAGCAGAGCGACGCUUGGCCACCAUCUCUGGCGCCAUCCAGAUUGAAUUUCAGUACACCGAGGGCGAUUCCUUCUCUCAAAGGCUGCGAAAAUGGUAUGAAGAGAAGCUGGGCUUUGUUGGAGAUCACUACCCAUUGAGACCUGGACAAACCGUUUUCAGAAGAUGCAGAAAACGCAUCAGUGAAUCGGACCAGCAGAAAGGCCACCUCCGUCGCUUGGAGGAGAUAGAGAACUGGUUGAGGAGUGAGAUGACUAAAGAAGCCAAAGCAGCUACGGUGGCAAAAACCAUGGAAGAGGAGGAUGACAUGGCUGACGUAGCCGACAUGGAGUCUGAAAGUUCUGCAGAAGAGACGGAGGCGCGCAGUGCAAUGCACACAGGUGAACAAACAAGAGGAGGCUAUCCAGUCAAGGCUGCUUGA